UUUAAUAAUUCUGUUUUUACCCCUUUUUUUUUCUCUUCUAAAUUCCAAACUUUUUCACAUCAAAUCAGAGUAUCAGAGCCCACCCUACUUUUUCUGGGUACUCCAAAUUCGUCAGGAUUAUCAUUUUCUCUCUCCUGUCACUACUAAAAUCCACCUCUCAAUUUCAGCACCCACAUCUGCCAUUGUUGCACCAAGAGAGAUAAAUAUUAAAUAAUGGGUUGUGCAUUUUCGUCGCCAUUGUCGAAGAAGAAAUUGAGGUACUUAACAGUUGGUAGUGGUGGUAGAAACGAUGGUGACGCGGUUUCAUUGUGUAGAGAGAGGAAGCACCUUGUUAAGAAGGCGGUGAAGCAGAGGCAAGCGUUUGCCGACGCGCAUUUUAAGUAUAUUCAUUCUCUCUCCGCCGUCGCUUCCGCCAUUGCUGUUUUCGUUGCUCGAUAUUCUUCCCCUCCUUCGCAGUACUUCAUUACUUUUGAUUCUUCUAAUUCCACUGCGACUCCUCAAUCUCAUUCCCUAAUUCAGGGUUCUACUGCAACUUCGGAGGAGGUUGAGGUUGAGGAAGAGGAGAGAGAAAAUGGGGUUUGUGACCAUUUUUAUGAUGAUGUCGAGGAGGAAUGUAAGUGGGAUUUCUUCAAUUUGUUGGAUGAGAAGAAGGUUAAGGAGGAGAGGGAAUUGAAAAGAGUUAUUCGGAAAGAAGAAGAACAUGGGAAUGGGAAGGGGAAUGGAAGGGAAUUGUUGGAAGCAUUGAAGGAUUUGGAGGACCAUUUUCUAAGGGCUUAUGAUUCCGGCAUUGAGGUUUCAAAGAUGUUGGAAGUUGAUAAAGUUCCUUCAUACCCUACUGUUCAGGAUAUUAAAGAAAAUGCUAGUAGGAAACGGUCUAUCUCAUCUCGAUCUUCCUCUUGUAAGAGUUUCCUUUCCUUAAGCUCGAGGAGUAGUUCUUCUACUUGGGCAGAGAGUGGAGGUGAUCGCAAAAGUUUACUAUCAUGUCAUUCUGAUACUUCUUCAACUGUGACUGAAAAUAGAAGUGAUCCUCUUGAUGGUCGCGGGGGAAUGGUAUCUGGUAGCCACUCUUUUACUCUAGGAAGGUUGUAUGCUUGGGAAAAGAAGCUCUAUCAUGAAGUCAAGGCUGCACAACAAAGUCAGAAGAAUUAUAAGCUUAAAUGCUCACGAUUGCAGAAGAAAGAUGUUGAGGGAGAUAACUUGUGCCCAUCAAAAGCCUCAUCUGAAGUAACUGAUCUUUAUCAUCUGAUGUUGGUUGCUCUGCAGCGUGCUGAGUCAAUCUCUAAGCAAAUCGAGAAGCUUAGAGAUGAAGAGCUUCAACCACAACUUUUUGAGCUUCUACAUGGUCUGGCGAGAAGUUGGAAGUCAAUGUCAGAAACCCAUGAAAUUCAGAGAAAAAUUAUGAGGGAAAUAAACUAUUUUAGUUAUGGGAAAUUUUGCACCAACUCUCACCGCCUAGCUACUUUUGAGCUAGAAGCUGUAAUUCAGGAGUGGCACUCUUGCUUCUCAGACUAUAUAUGUGCACAAAAAGCAUACGUAAAAUCUCUUCAUGGUUGGCUAUCAAAGUUCAUUGAUGCAGAAGCUGAAUAUCACUAUACCAGCAACUUUUCAUUCCCACCGAUUCGUUUCAGUAGGCCAACUUUGAUAGUCACUUGUCAGCACUGGUCAACUUGUAUGGAAAGGUUGCCUGACAAGUCAGUGAAAUAUGCCAUGAAAAGCUUGGGAAAGGAUAUUCAGGCAUUGUGGGUUCAACAGGGCAUGGAGCAGCAACAGAAACGGAAGGUUGAGGGACUUGAUAAAGAAAUGGAUAGGAAGAUUCUUAGUUUUGAGGACAAAAGACUUGUGGCUAAAUAUAUAGCACACCGCAAUGUGGAGGAACAAGCUGAUUCUCUUGUUGAGAAGGAGCAGCAGCUAGAAAUUUGUAGGCAAAAAAUUGAAAUGGAGAGAGAAAGAUACACUAGUAGCGUGGAGGAGACAAAACGAUUGACAAUGAAUAGACUUGGAAUGGGUUUUUCGUCAGUUUUUGGGUCAUUAGCAGAAUUUUCAAGAGCUUCUGCCACAGUUUAUGCUGAUCUUGUUACGUUACCUCAGAAUGCAGGGAAGACCUGUGGGUAAGUCCAUCACAUGUUUGUGGCAAUCUUACAAGUAUAGAUGGGAUUGAUGUGCUUUUAAGAUAGCUUUGUAGAUAGAUAAUUAGGCAGCUAAGAUGGAAACUGUACGUUUAAUGUAAGUAUUUGCUCUCGAGAAAUAGAAUUGAAUAGCAGAAGUUGUUACCUGAAUCGCAUUAUAUUUUUAGCUGAACUUUAGUAUCUGUCAUAGAAUUAUUUCCAACAUUGAAUCUUAUCCUUUCCUA